AUGCAUAUCCAGUCGAUUCCCAUGUGGGAGGGUAGUGGUAACAACUACGCUUAUCUCGUUGUUGACGACAAGUCCAAGGAUGCUGUCAUCAUUGACCCCGCUAACCCACCAGAGGUGCUUCCCGAACUCAAGAAGCACGUAGACAGUGGAGCUAUUAACCUCAAGAGCAUCAUCAACACCCACCACCACCACGACCAUGCAGGCGGCAACGUUGAGAUGCUGAAAACAUACCCUCUCCCCAUCAUCGGUGGAAAGGACUGCAGCAAAGUCACAAAGACACCUGCCCAUGGCGAGACUUUCAACGUGGGCGACAUCAAGGUCAAGGCUCUGCACACCCCAUGCCACACCCAAGACAGCAUUUGCUACUUAUUUGAGGACGGCAACGACAAGGCCGUCUUCACUGGAGACACUCUUUUCAUUGGCGGCAAAUUCUUCGAAGGCACUGCCGAGGAGAUGCACAAGGCUUUGAACGAGACUCUUGCUGCUCUGCCUGAUGACACCAAGGUCUACCCUGGCCAUGAGUACACCAAGGGCAACGUCAAGUUUGGCAUCCAGGUUUCGCAGAGCGAACCCAUCAAGAAACUCGAGGCCUUCGCCAAUGCCAACAAGCAGACUCAGGGCAAAUUCACCAUUGGUGACGAGAAGCUCCACAACGUCUUUAUGAGACUCGACGAUCCUGUCGUCCAGAAGGCCACUGGCAAGACCAGUCCUGUCGAUGUUAUGGCUGCUUUGAGAGAGAUGAAGAACAAGUCCUGA